GAUCAGUUGUUCGCGCGGUUAAAGAGACACUAAAUGUGAUGACAUUAGCCAUUGGCGACGGCGCUAAUGAUGUCUCUAUGAUUCAAACGGCGGACGUCGGCAUAGGCGUUUCAGGCCAAGAAGGCACUCAGGCAGUGAUGGCCAGUGACUUUGCAUUACCCCGAUUCUUAUAUCUCGAACGAUUACUUCUGGUGUACGGCAAUUGGAGUUAUUAUCGUCUCGCCCGUACAGUCCUCUACUUUUUCUAUAAAAAUGCAAGUAGUGUUUUUGUGAUAUUUUGGUACCAAUUGUAUUGUGGAUGGAGUGGAGCCGUUAUGAUAGACCAGUUAUACUUAAUGAUCGUAAACGCCAUAUUCACGGCAUUUCCGCCCAUGAUUUUGGGCGUAUAUGACAGGGACUGUUCCGCUGGACUUCUGCUUAAAAAACCACAUCUCUAUGGAAGGGGAAGGAAAUCACAGGUGUACACAGAGUACUCGUUUUGGGUGAAUAUGUUUGACGCGGGCUAUCAGAGUAUUGUUAUAUUCUUCGUUCCCUUCUGUUUCUAUUUCGAUACUGAUAUCGGAAUCUAUGAAUUCGGAACUAUAGUAUUCAGUGCAACUAUUUUAGAGCAUUUGGUUCAUGUGGCCAUUGAGUUCAGGUCGUGGUCUAUAUUACACUUACUGGCCAUCAGUUUCAGUAUUGUUAGCUAUUUCUCAUUCGCUUACAUCUAUAACUACCUAACACUGGGAGGAAUUCAAACCUAUGCCGACGUCCGCCGUUUGAAUCAUAGAGACAUCAUUAGCGCCGUCGCCAAUGGCUAA